AGUUUUUUUUAUUAAAAAAAAAGAAAAAAAUGAAUCAAAAACGUGUACCAUGGUUAGAAAAAUAUCGACCAAAUCAAUUGGAUGAUAUUGUUGGUAAUGAUGGUGUGAUUGAAAAAUUCAAAAUAUUUAGCCGUACUGGUAAUAUACCGAAUUUUAUUCUAAGUGGUCCACCUGGUAUUGGUAAAACAACAACCAUUCUAUGUUUGGCACAUCAAUUAUUGGGCGAUCAUUUUAAAGAUGCUGUACUUGAAUUGAAUGCAUCGAAUGAACGUGGUAUUGAUGUUGUUCGUAAUAAGAUAAAAAUGUUUGCUCAAAGUCGUAUGACAUUGGAACCACAUCAACAUAAAAUUGUUAUUCUUGAUGAAGCCGAUAGUAUGACUGAUGGUGCCCAACAAGCAUUAAGACGUACGAUGGAAAUUUUUUCUACAACAACACGAUUUGCAUUAGCUUGUAAUACAUCCGAAAAGAUAAUCGAACCGAUACAAUCAAGAUGUGCGGUUAUUCGUUUUGGAAAAUUACCGGAUGAAAAAAUUGCCCAAAAAUUGAUUGAAAUCUGUAAAAAAGAACAACUUGAUUAUGAUGAGGAAGGUAUCGAAGCAAUUGUAUUCACUGCUCAAGGUGAUCUUCGUCAGGCUAUUAAUAAUCUACAAUCAGUUGCUGAUGGUUAUGAUGGAAAAAUUACUAGCGUAAACGUUUUUAAAAUAUGUGAUGAACCACAUCCAUUGUAUAUAAAAGAAAUGUUUAAAUUAUGUUUGGAAGAAAAAUUCGAUUCAGCAUAUGCUAUUGUUGCAAAUCUUUGCAAUCUUGGCUAUUCAGCCGAUGAUAUUAUUGCCAAUAUUUUACGUGUUUGUAAACGAUAUCCUAUGCCUGAAUAUUUAAAAUUGGAAUUUAUUCGUGAAAUCGGUUUUACACAGCUACGUAUUCAUCAAGGUAUUCAUUCGCCGAUACAAUUUGCCGGAUUAAUUGCUCGUCUUGUUAAAAAACAAAAAAUUAUGGCCAAUCAUUGAAUGCAACAAAAAAAAAAUUAUAAUUUUGAAAAUUUUUUAUCACUUCUAACUAUUUUUACAUUCACAUUAUGGAUAGAUUGAAAUAGGAAAUAUUUGUUUCCAUUUUUUUUUCAAUAUUUAUUUU